ACUGGUUUGACAGAAUUCCAGAAAAGCUGACAAAAUGAAUAAGGGAAUCAAGAAGAAGCAGGGAGGGAAAAUUACAGUGGCUUCGACGAUGGCGUCUUUGGCCAAACAGGAGAAACAAGUGAAAGACAAGAAGUUAAAAGAAGAGGAGGCAAAGGCAGAGGAAGAAGCUAAACCUGCUGAGAAGGAGAAGCUUGCGGAUUUCAUCAAGUACUACAAGGAAAUUGGCCUUGUACCAGAAAAUGAGUGGAAUGCGUUCUUUCAGAAGAAUACCAGUCCACCUCCUGUUACCUUCAGACUGGUAGAGAGUUAUAGACUGUGUCCUUCACAUGUUGACACAGUGCCUGGUGUCCCAAGUCAGGCCAGAGUUUUAGCUCGUUACAUUCAAAAGAAGUAUGCCGAUGUGGUAAACCAGUUAACUGUUGGAAACAAGGUUCCGGUUAAACUUGCACCGUUACCAUGGUAUCCUAAAGAGCUUGGCUGGAUGUUGAAUGUAUCACACAGUGAGUCUGAGAAGUAUCUAGGCCUGAAGGAAUUUGAUAGCUUCAUACGCACUGAGAAAAACCAGAGAACCUUGCAAGGUCUGGAGACAUGGAGUAUGUUCCCACCAACCCUUCUUGAUGUAAAACCCCAGCAUGUAGUGCUAGAUAUGUGCGCUGCACCAGGGUAUAUAGCCAGUCAGGUCUGUGAAAUGAUGAACUCGGAACCUCUUCAAAGUCACACUGGACUUCUGAUUUUGAAUGACCUGUUUAAAGCACAAGACAGGAUGCAUUAUCAGUGGACACAGGGUUCAAAGGUCAUCUACACAUUCUUUGAUGCCAAAGUGUAUCCUGACUUCUAUAGUGGAGAAAAGCAAACAAUACAGAACCAGCUGAAGUUUGACAGAAUUAUGUGUGAUGUUAAAUGCAGCGUUGAUGGAACUAUGAGGAAGAACGUGUCAGUUCAAGAGUCCUGGACACCUAGAACUGCUCUCACUUUCCAUAGUGACCAGUUGGCAAUAUUGAGAAGAGCACUUGAACUUGUGAAGGUGAAAGGUCGUGUACUCUACACCACGACCUCUCUGAAUCCAAUUGAAAAUGAGGCUGUUGUCAUGGCUAUGAUCAAAGAAGCAAAAGGUUCUGUAGAACUGUUUGAUAGUAGAAAACUUGUGAAAGAUUUCAAAAUUAGACCAGGAAUGACUUCAUGGAAGGUGAUGACUGAAGAAGGGUUUUUCCUGGAGAAUUUUACCGAUGCAAAUGAAAAAUUCCAGGCUGACUAUCCAGCCACAGUUUUCCCUCCACCAAUUAAGGAAGUCAUGGCCUAUCAUAUGGAGAGAUGUGUUCGAGUUUUACCACAUGACAACGAUACCACUGGAUUUUUCUGUGCUGUCCUAGUGAAGACAUCAGAACUACCAUGGAUUAGAGCCAAGAUUAUUGAAGAGAUGAAGGCCAAGAGGCUUGAACCCAAACUGGAGGAACCCAAAGCUCGACAAUACGGAUACAACAUCAAGUUGAAAUGUCACGUGGCCCCCACGGAGAUCGAAUGGACGACUGAAAUCACUAAUCAGAAACUUCAGACUAUCACUAGAGUCAGUAAGGAGACAUUUGGUGUUCCUGCACAGGAAAUGGAUCCAUCGUGUAAACCAAGACAACUGAUACCAGAGGUGGAACAGAAUUUUGUGUUUUGUGAGAAAACUACAGAGGAAUGGUUGAAAAUCAAGGAGUUUUUCAAGAUCUCCGAUGAUUUUGACCCCACAAAUAUGGUGAUGCGGCAUAAUAAAACAACUUACUUCCAGUCGUGCCCCAUGGCAAAGUCUCUCGUAAAAUAUAACAAGGAAAAGGCAGAAAGCAAUUUCAGUGCAGCCAUAGGUACAUGUAUAUUUUUCCCAAUGCCCGAGCUAUGGAACAAGGUGGAUACUACUGUACCUACAAUGAUGAGUCAUGAGGGUUUGGCGUUCCUGUACCCAUUCAUCACCAAGCAGCUGGUGAACAUCAACAGCGAAGAUCUGUUAAAACUGGCGUUCUACGAUAAGGUCAAGAUCGAGACAUUGAGUGAGAAAGCACAGACAGAUCUUAAGGAAGCUGAUCAAGGAUGUGUGUUGUUUGUGUACAGACCAAAAUACAUGAGCAGUCUACCAAAUUGUAACAUUACAUUUGUUGGAGCAAGGGGAGAUAACUGGUGUUUACACUACAAGGAUGGCAGGACAUCAGAAUGGAAAAACACAUUCAGACUGGCAGAUAUGGAACGAGAAGAUUAUGGACGCAAACUACAGGAAGAGAAGCUAAUGGCUGCUUUAGAAAAAGAUAAAAAAGACAAAGAGGAGAAGAUGGAAACUUAGUGUUUUAAGACAUAGGGAAGAGUUUGUGUACAGUCAUAGAAGUCAUAAGGUUUAGAUGUGAGGAGUAAAUUGUUCUGUUAGUGAAGUACUUUAUGAAAAAUAUGCACAUUUUACUAGUUUAAGUUCUUACUUUUAUUGCACAUACUGUUGAUAAUAUAGCAAGUUUUGAGAGCUGGAAGUAUUCACAUAUAUGAUGCUUACAAGCUGAUUUGAUUGAUUUACAUCAUACAGGAUAACAUUUUUUUACAUAAGUGUAUAUAUGUCUGGAUAUGCAGCAUUUCUCUGAAAUGAUUCAGAAUGGAAAGUUGUCUGAAAUGAUUCAGAAUGGAAAGUUGUCUGAAAUGAUUCAGAAUGGAAAGUUGUCUGAAAUGAUUCAGAAUGGAAAGUUGUCUGAAAUUAUUCAGAAUGGAAAGUGAGUGUGGAUAAGUGCUUUAGUAAUCAUGGACUUGCUGUUUGUUAGUAAUUGGAUUUCAGUUCAACAUUUGGUAUUCAGACACUUAAUGAAGAAAUAGAUCUUGCUGUUCAAGAAAUGUGCAGGCCUGCUGUAUAUGCAAUUUACAUGCUUGUAAAAGAAUAUGACUCCUGGGUGUGUGUGUGGGGGGGGGGGGGGGGGGGUGCAGGGAUGUCUGUUUAUCCCUCAUUCAAACACACAUAAAAGAAUUUAGGAAAUAUUAAAUUCUUCAAGAGCAAGUCAGUUAGGUUAAUAGCAUCAGGAAAAAUGGGUGCCAUGAACAAAAAUGUACUUGCCAUGGUCAUUCAAACAAAUGGAGGAUUUCUGUAAAUGCUUAUUGUGUGAAUGGUUUUCUUUGUUAUUUGAACAAACAGAUCAUGAAACAAAUCAUCACCAUAAAUGAGCCGCACCAUGAGAAAACCAACAUAGUGCGUUCGCGACCAGCAUGGAUUCAGACCAGCCUGCACGGUCUGAUCAGAAUUCAUGCUGUUCGCUUUCAAACCUUGUUGCAGUUAGACAAUCUGUUAGCGAACAACAUGGAUCCUGACCAGACUGCGUGGUUGCAAAUGCACUACGUUGGUUUUCUCAUGGUGCGGCUCAAUUUUCAUAGGUAUGUUGGUUACAGAUUUCAUUUACUGUUAAUCAGUGACAUUAAAUGUUGUUGUAUUUGUUUAUGUUUUUUUUUUUGCCAAGUGGAAUAAAUGUGUUAAAGAUUU